CUUAUAGGAGAGGUUUGCAGAGCAAUAGGACCAAAAACCAUUCAUUAACAGCUUAUUAUAACUGAUUCGAUGAAUUAUCGUAAAACAAGUGUGAAACUUGUUUUGUUAAUGGAUUACUAGCAUUUAUAACAAAUGUUACUGGUCUCCAACUGAUCAGGAAGCAUUGAUAAAUGAUUUAUUUACUAUUAUUAAGGACUGGUUUAUAAACUGCUUUAUUAAGGGCUCCUUAAUAAAGGAUUCCACUUAAAAAGUGGCAGGAUAAUACAUAAUGGAAUGAUGUGUAGUAAAUUACCAUCUAAUUAUACAACUGCUAGAUCUUGCACCAAUAACCAAACGACCAAACACCCUCUGAGCCAGUGAGGCAGUGACAGCCAGCUGUUCACCCAGGGAUCCGGAGUUCCGCGAAGCCCCAGAGCGGGGGCGGCUGGUGAUCUCUCCUCAUCGUCGUCCUCCCCCUCCUCCCUCCUUCUCUCCCUCUCUCUCUUUCUGUGCCUGGAGGGACGCAUGCGGCUGGAGCAGAGUCCUAGAGACCCCUGGAGCUGAACCAACCAUCCCAACGGAGGCGUCCGGCGUGUUGCUCCCACCCCCUUUAGAGGUUUCCUGUCGGCACGCGGAGGAGAGAGCAGACGUGUGUCCCCGCGCUGCGCUGCGCCGCGCCACCGAGUCCGACCGUCAGAAAGCAGCUUGCCAGGUAUCAUGACGCACCAAAAAAAAGUCCACUUGCUUGGACUUCUCUCUCUCUAGGAGUCUUCCAUGUGACUGUGCCCACGCUGUUUGAGUCGAGUUUCACCGACUCCCCAGGAUGCUGGCAGCCAUAUGAGACUUACGGAUCUGCUCUCAGCUCCUGCUGCUGCUGCUGCGCUGCAUCUCUCCAAGUGAGAAGACUCGCUCUGCAUGCGCGUCCCCUGCCUCACAAACUUGGACCGCUGCCUCUGUUCGUGGCGUGCGGGACUCAGGCACCUCUCCGGCUCUGCAAACCUCUGACAGUAAAUGUAACGAUGUGGUGGAUGGUGGUGUGACACUCGGAAAGGGAUUUUAUAGCGCAGAACUAUCACUAAACUAUUACCAAAUCAACUUUUCCUCCGCGGAUGAAGAUUAAUUUGUCUAGUGUAUGUGGAAGUGCGCAGGGAAUAACUGGAGUACGCACACCUCUUUAAUUUCAGUUAUCACCUGGACUCAUCUGUCCGUCAAAGAGCCAAGAAAGAUCCGACUUGAAGGGAUACGAUGGGCAUGAUGCUCAGCUCUCCUACCCUCUGUCGCUGCUGACGCACACAAGGAGCGAAACUGGAUUGUAAACAAUGUGGAGUCAUUCCUGAGAACUGAAUCGCUGCUCUCCGCGGGUAUAUGGAGAAGGGCAGCCCGAGGAUGACGAGCGGAACCCGGGAGACGCCGGUGAACUCCUCUCCGGCCGUGGCGGCCAACGCGGAGGGCGAGGAGAUCGAGGUUUUGGAAAGCACCGACGUCCUCCCCGUGGCUUCAGAGGACCAAUGGAAGUCUCUGUUUGACAAGUAUGACCCAGAGAAUUCAGGCUUCAUCAGUACAGAGCGGUUCAGGGACCUUCUAGCGACCCACGGCUCUGAGCUUGAUCCCCACAAGCUGGAAGUCCUCUUGGCCCUCGCCGAUGGCAACGCCGAUGGAAAGAUCUGCUACCAAGACUUUGUCAACCUGAUGAGUAACAAGCGCUCCAACAGCUUCCGGAGGGCCAUUCUGCAGGGCAGCAGGCAGCUAAAAGGCUGCAGUCUGAGAGAUGAGGUAGGCUUGGGGCUGUCCCAGCGGCUGGUCCGGCAUGUUGCCUAUGAGACGCUGCCCCGAGAGGUUGACCGCAAGUGGUACUUUGACAGCUACACCUACUGUCCCCCACCCUGGCUCAUCCUGGCUAUCACCAUUGCUGAGGUAGCCGUGUUCAUGUACUACGGCUUCCAGCUGGACCGCUUGGUCCUGCAAGUGUCCAGCCCGUCCUUCCUUAAGAGCCCCUUACCUUACCACCCCCAGCUCCGCGCCCAGGCCUGGAGGUACCUCAGCUACAUAUUCAUGCACACUGGGAUUGAACACCUGAGCCUGAACAUGGCCAUGCAGCUGCUGGUGGGAGUCCCUCUGGAAAUGGUGCACGGCGCUCUGCGGAUCGGACUGGUCUACGUGUGUGGCGUGCUGGCAGGGUCACUGGCGGUGUCUGUCACCGAUAUGACAGCUCCGGUGGUCGGGUCCUCUGGUGGAGUGUACGCUCUGGUCUCAGCACAUUUGGCCAAUGUAGUAAUGAACUGGUCUGGAAUGAAGUGUCAGUUUAAGUUAUUUCGGAUGGCCAUGGCUCUGGUUUGCAUGAGUGUUGAGUUCGGUCGGGCGGUGUGGCUGCGGUUCUAUCCUCCAGCCUUCCCUCCGUGCCCCAAUCCCAGCUUUGUAGCUCACCUGGGAGGCGUGGUGGUCGGUCUGACACUGGGUGUGGUGGUCCUGCAAAACUAUGAGCAGCGACUCCAGGAGCAGUCUCUGUUUUGGAUUUUCUUCUGUGUCUACACCUUGUUUGUGCUCUGUGCUGUCUUUUGGAACAUCUUUGCCUACAGCUUGCUCGACGUGCGACUGCCCCCACCACCGUGACUCGCUCAUUAGAGGCAGACAAGACAAUGCAUCCACCUAAUUCCUCCAUUGUUAGAUGUCUGACCGCCUGGCUGGAUGAAUCACCUCAGCCCUCGUGGGGUAAUCAGUGUUUUCUGGCAGCCACCCUGUCCCUACAUCCAGCGCUCCGAAGCACCUGACGUACAGCAGCCCUUGUUGUCUCUGCCAUCAUACCUUUCUCAGCUCACCUGCUACCUUUUCAGGUUAAGCCUUGUCAUUGUUCUUGUCUACCACGCAAGCUCACCUCCACUUUUUCUUUGUCUACAUUUCUGUUGGACGUUUAUUUCAAGUACAUCAGCCGGAUGGACAUUAGCUGAGAACACUGUUUUGACAAAUGAGAGAAGCCUCGGAUGUAUAACACAACAGGAACAGGAGGAGUCCUGUCCACAUGGCUUAACCUUCUCUGCCUCUUCUCCUCAAUCCAGCGGUGCCUUCUCAUGGAGACGUCAGCAUAAUGAAAGUAUUUCUGCACAGUUCCCUCUUGUGUUGAUUGACAGCAGUGGAACCCAGUGGUACAAACCGUUUUCAGUCAGAGAAGUUCCUGAAAAUCCUGUAAUCAAACGGCACCCUCAUAAUCAGUAGGUCAUAUAAAAAGUUAGGCUUAACUGGUGUUCUUGUCAUCAUUACAAGCAGCUCAUACUCACGAGAGGUUAAGAUUAAGUGGACAGUAGGAUAAGGAGUGCGCAUGGAGAGUAUGAUACAGCCACCUUCAGCAGGUACCGGUACUAUGAAUUUACCUUUGAAAGGAAGUGUUCUACUAUUCAGUGUUGCCUUCAACAGCUGGCAUUUCCCCAGAGUAGGAUUAAUUUGUGUUCAGCUCUAUUUGAACCUCAAACUUGAGUCUUUGGCUUUUUUGUGUGCAACAAUUGUACCAUUGUGUCUACAGAAGAAAAAAAGGAGCAGAAGUGCCAUUCAGACUUUAAGCUUUCAAAAAUGAUGCCAAAAUAUUGCUACAAGCGCCAGGGGAAGAGUAUGUCCCCCUGGCAAGAAUUGCUUUCGUGUGAAAAGAAUUAAUCAAAUCUUGUCUGUGAGGACUUGGUCGAAUGUAACAGGCAAUUUUCAUGAGCUCUAAAGAAAGCUUUGGGACGACUUAGAAAUGCAGUCAAACUCAUGUAAUUUUAUUGUCCCCUCCGGGCCUUCACAAGGAUUUUUGCAUUGGUUUAAAAUUCGAAGAAAUGACAAAAGUUUGUUUAUUUGUUGACAGACUAAGGAAAGUGAGAUUAGGCUAAUGAAAACAUUUACUGAUGGGGAUAGUUAGGUCAUUCUACUGUUUUUCUCUCAUUACCAAAUGUAGGAGAGCACACAUGCCUGACCUCGACUGCAUCCUGGCUGGGGUCGUUUCAGUCUCACGUCAGGAGACAGUGGGGGAAAUAAGUAAAUCAAUUCUCUCUCAUUAGUUCUUGUCACAACUGAAAUUGUUAAUUGAUUGAGCUGGGAUAGAAAACGACCCCAGCCCUGAGCUGUAAGUCUCAAACUGUACUGUACUUUAACCUCAUGUUACAGCGGUAACUGCUUCGCACAGAUAUUAUUGUAAUGUAAUUAUAAACAGAUUAAUAUUUUAACAUACAUUUGCUGUUGAUUUUUUUUUUUUUUUACUUGGUGAUAUUGGUACAUUGUGUAAAUUGUUUGGUCGGUCUGCGUUGUGAUAUGUUAGCUAUAUCCUGUAUGUAUUCUAUUUAAGAAUUGGUUAAAGAUGGUCUGGGAUUGUAUAUAAUAAGGGCUAUGACACAAAAUGAGUGAGGGGCAAAUCGCAGAUACUAUUUUAACAUUGUGCAUAUUUUGUAGAUUUGAUAUGUACAUACUGGAUUACAUUAAACAGUUUUAUACAGAAACAACAUAUGAUUUCUUCGGAUUUUUGCACUUACUUUUUACUUACUUAUGUUUAUCAGCAUUUCAUUAAUGUUCCUAUUCAUCUUUGCAUUGGUGUAUCUGACUGUCCUAUACAGACAGUUGUGCCUUUUAUGUGAUUUUUCUGUUUAGCAAGUACAGGAUAGAGGAAAACUA